CAGGCGGAACCUCCCAGUGUGACACCCGGCGGAAGUAACACCGGAAGCGCUAGCAGCGUUAGCUCUGUGGCUGUGUGGAGUCAGCUGGAAGACGCUGUGUCGUCGUGUGGCACGUGGCCAGUGGUGAAGAAGCAACAAUGUGUUCAGCUCAGUGUUGGACACAGUUUGUCCUCGAGCGACUCACUGCUGCUGCUGAACUAAUAUCCAGAGACUUUGAACAAAGUGUCGUCGAGUACGAGGAAGAGAUCGACCGUCAGCGCAGACUGCUGGACAUCGUCUGGAGACCCGAGAGGAAGCUCCACAGGACCGGUGAGUCCGAGCAGGAGAGGAGCUCCAGUCUGGACCAACAGGAGCCAGAGCAACCGACUGUCACCGACAAUAUUCUCAUCGAGUUCAAUGAAGACACUGAUCAUCAGCGAGGACUGAUGGACAUCGUCUGGAGACACGAGAGGCUGCACAGGACACAGCUCCCACAGCAACACGUCUGUCAGGAGGAGGAGGUUCUCUCUGAGCAGCAGCUCUGUGACCAGGAGAGGAGCUCCAGUCUGGACCAACAGGAGCCAGAGCCUCCACAGAUGAAAGAGGAGCAGGAGGAACCAGUCAGCAGUCAGGAGGGAGAGCAGCUUGUACUGAAGCAGGAGACUGACACCUUCAUGUUGACUCCUACUUAUGAGGAAAGUGAGCACAGUGAACCAGAACCAAACAGUGACCAGCAGCUCCUCUCUCACUACUCUCCUGUAGCUGAGAGCCACGAUCAGAGAGGAAGUGAUCAUGUGGAGCCAGGACCAACUAGAAAUGAAGAGACAAAGAGAAAGAAGAGACGUCACAAUAACACGAGUCACAGUGACAACGUAGACAACUCUCCUCCAACAAAGAGUCACUGUUACACUCACACAGAGUUUAUCAACAAGCGACUAUCUGCUGCUGCUGAACAAAUAUUCAUAUUCUUUGAAAAAACUGUCGUCAAGUACAAGGAAGAGAUCGACCGUCAGCGCAGACUGCUGGACAUCUGUUUGAAACCUCAGAUAAAGCUCCACAGGACCGAGCUCCCACAGCAACACGUCUGUAAGGAGGAGGAGGUUCUCUCUGAGCAGCAGCUCUGUGACCAGGAGAGGAACUCCAGUCUGGACCAACAGGAGCCAGAGCCUCCACAGAUGAAAGAGGAGCAGGAGGAACCAGUCAGCAGUCAGGAGGGAGAGCAGCUUGUACUGAAGCAGGAGACUGACACCUUCAUGUUGACUCCUACUUAUGAGGAAAGUGAGCACAGUGAACCAGAACCAAACAGUGACCAGCAGCUCCUCUCUCACUACUCUCCUGUAGCUGAGAGCCACGAUCAGAGAGGAAGUGAUCAUGUGGAGCCAGGACCAACUAGAAAUGAAGAGACAAAGAGAAAGAAGAGACGUCACAAUAACACGAGUCACAGUGACAACGUAGACAACUCUCCUCCAACAAAGAGUCGCUGUAACACUAACACAGGUGAGAAGCUGUAUCCUUGCCUGGAUUGUGGGAGAGAUUUUAGGUUCCAUAGUGCCUUAAAGGUCCACAUGAGAAGUCACACAGGAGAGAAACCAUAUCCUUGCAAGGAUUGUGGGAAAGCUUUUAGCCUCAAUAGUUCCUUAAAGGUCCACAUGAGAACUCACACAGGAGAGAAACCAUAUCCUUGUGAAACAUGUGGGAAAUGUUUCAGUCAGAGUUCUGUGCUGAAUGUUCACAUGAGAACUCACACAGGUGAGAAACCUUAUUCUUGUGAAACAUGUGGGAAGUGUUUCACAGAAAGUAAAUCUUUGACUAUUCACAUAAGAACUCACACAGGUGAGAAACCUUAUUCUUGUGAAACAUGUGGGAAAUGUUUCAAACGGAGUGCUCACCUGAAUGUUCACAUGAGAACUCACACAGGUGAGAAACCUUAUUCUUGUGAAACAUGUGGGAAAUGUUUCAGUCAGAGUUCUGUGCUUAAUAUUCACAUGAGAAUUCACACGGGCGAGAAGCCAUAUUCUUGUGAAACAUGUGGGAAAUGUUUCAAAUGGAGUGCUCACCUGAAUUAUCACAUGAAAACUCACAGAGGUGAGAAGCCAAAUCCUUGUGAAACAUGUGGGAAGUGUUUCAGUCAGCGAUCAUCCUUGAAAAAGCACAUGAGAAUUCAUACAGAUUAAAAGUCGUACACUUAAUGAACAUGUGGGGACCGUUCACACUCAGUGCUGAAUUGACAGUGAACAUGAGGAGAAACCACAUCACCACAACACCUGAGGGAGAAGCUGCUUCGAUGUGUCUCAGUUAGGAAGUCACAUGAGAUCACAAACAGUACAGUGACAUACUGUGUUUGUAAAAUUUGUGGGAGACAUUCAGUUGAAGUGGUUCAUGGACAAAAUACAAGAACCCACAGAAGUGAAGAGACACAAAAUCACAGCUGAUGUGCUCAAACUAAGCACUACAAUUAAAAAAUAGCAGUACAUCCUCUGCUCUUCUUUUCCUUUUCUGCCACAUUUUAAUAUCUGCCACUGUCAGAGAACAACAGAAAACACCGGAGCAGAAGGUUACGAUAAUGCGCCUGUUUCGCUGGUUGCAAACCGCCAUUAAAAAGGACGAAGAAGAGACUAUAACCAAUCACGUUGCGGGCUCUUAGCUGGUUUAUGACCCAAGAACACGGCCUGAACCAGAGCUCCAGAUGAUAUUUGGGGAAAAAACUCAACUGGAAAAGGAUUAUAGAUAGUGUUGGUAAAUUUGAUGACAAUACAUGUUUUAAUAUCUCUAAUAUUGUGUGUGAUGUAUAUUAGGCCUGAGUGGUCUGAAGGCCACUGCAGGAAAGUCUGAGAUGAGGAUGUUUUAUGUUUGUAUGAGGAGUUGCCAUCAUGUCCCUGGUGGAGUUAAUCAGCAUUUUAUAUUCUUGAGUCGUUAAAGCAAUCGUUUGAAGAUCAAACUAGAGUUUGGACAUUUCUAUUCCUCGUCAGUGUUUGAGACAAAUCGACAAUUCCUCCAGGGUUCCUAAAGUAUCUGCUGAAGAUGUGAUUGGAUGCUGGUCGGUGACAGUUGUCGCCAAGGUGAACCCAUCCAGGUCUCGGUCCAGAUCAGAGCUAAAACCAUUGAAUCUGUUCAUCAUUAAGUUACCACAGUGUUUGUGAAUGAAUGUGUUUUUCAGACUUUCCAGGCUGACGAUGAUUAUGGUUAAUUUCAAUAAAAUUUUACAAUUUUA